UCUUUUUCAAGUUUGUCUGCACAGUAUACGUAGAAUUGUAUAAAUCUAUACGUCAUUAAUAUAUGUCUAUAUGUAUGGAUAUCUAGACACAUCUCAGUUGUUCUAUACAACAUAAUUUCUAUAAAAAAAGAGGAAAAAAGAUUGGAGUUAAAGAACGGAAGAAGGAGAAAACAAAAAGAUGAGCACUCAAGGAGAAAUGGAGGAGAGGCUACUACCUGAACCUGAAGGAUCAGGCGCUAAGGGUCAGAGCAGCAAUAUAGAGAGUCUCUAUCCGAGAACGAAGGUUUGGGGCGAAAUAAGGAAAAUGUUGAGAAUAGCAUUACCUUCGUCUUUGUUCCGAAUGAAUUCGUUUGGGAGCAUCAUUGUGGCUCAAGCCUUCAUCGGUCACUCCUCUGAGUUGGGUCUAGCAGCUUACGCUCUCCUCCAAAGCACAUUCAUCCGCUUUCUCUACGGUUUAAUGAGCGGUAUGUCAAGUGCCACGGAGACCUUAUGCGGGCAAGCAUACGGUGCAGAACAGUACCACACAAUGGGGAUAUAUCUGCAACGUUCAUGGAUUGUGGACAUGGUCGUGACCACUUUGUUCCUACCGUUUAUCGUAUUCGCUGGUCCCAUUCUCCGUCUAUUAGGUCAAAACGUUGAGAUCACAAGGACCGUUGAUAAGAUCUAUCCUUGGAUGAUCCCUUAUGUCUAUAGCUUGAUUUUCACUAUGACCAUGCAAAUGUACCUCCAAGCACAAAUGAGGAACGCUAUUGUAGGCGUUCUCUCGACCUUGUCCUUGGCUCUUGACCUCCUGGUCACGUGGUGGUGCGUGAGUGUUAUGGGGAUGGGGAUUAGUGGUGCGCUCCUUGGCCUUAACGUGAGCUCGUGGGGUAUGGUAUUAGGCGAGUUUGUGUACGUUUUUGGAGGAUGGUGUCCGUUUACUUGGACCGGAUUUAGUACUGCUGCUUUUGUUGAUCUAAUUCCCAUGCUCAAGCUCUCCAUUUCUUCAGGCUUCAUGAUCUGCUUAGAGUAUUGGUACAUGAGCAUCCUUGUCUUGAUGGCCGGUUAUACAAAAGAUGCGAAUAUUGCAAUCUCUGCUUUCUCAAUAUGCCAAUACAUAUAUACAUGGGAGCUCAACAUAUGCCUUGGCUUCUUGGGUGCUGCUUGCGUUAGAGUGGCUAACGAGUUGGGGAAAGGAGACGAAGCAGCAGUGAGAUUCUCGAUUAAAGUGAUACUAUCAGUAUCAAUAUUGAUGGGAGUGAUAUUCUCUGUCCUAUGUUUAGGAUUCUGCGGUCAGAUUUCGUACUUGUUUUCGGAUAGCAAAGAGGUUUCCGGAGCAGUGAAUGGUCUAUCGAUGAUCCUUGCCGUAUCAAUCUUACUCAACAGCAUCCAACCUAUACUCUCAGGUGUAGCAGUUGGAGCAGGGAUGCAGAGUAUAGUGGCAGUUGUGAACUUAGUUUCAUAUUAUGCAGUUGGUAUUCCUUUGGGGCUCAUCGUUACUUAUGUUUUCCAUCUCGGUGUUAAGGGACUAUGGUCUGGACUGUUGGCUGGAAUUGCAAUCCAAACACUGAUAUUGUGUUGUAUCAUUUACAAAACUGACUGGGAAUUAGAGGUUAAAAAGACGAAGGAACGUAUGAAAGUGUGGAGUCUGAAGCCAUCUAAUGAAGAGUCGAAUCCUAUAAGAGAAAAUGAGAGGACGUGAGACAAGUGUAACACAUCGUUCUCUUUUUAAUGAUUUUUUUUAAUAAUGCCAGCUCGCUUAAUAUGCAAGAUCUUUUAUGUUAAAAAGGUCAAAUAAAAUGAGAAAUUCAGUUAACGGG